GGUGCUUAACACCUAUCCACUCUCUGGCCUGCCUCAGUGUUCUACAGCAGUUACACACAGGCAGUGGUAUCUGUGAGCAGCUCUGUGGACUCAAAGGUUUUCUCCCUGAGAGGUAUGACCCAGGCCAGCUGAUUCAUCAGAAUCAGGAUGGACGUGGUAGAGGUCGCGGGUAGUUGGUGGGCACAAGAGCGAGAGGACGUCAUUAUGAAAUACGAAAAGGGACACCGAGCUGGGCUGUCAGAGGACAAGGGGCCUAAGCCUUUUCGAAGCUACAACAACAACGUCGAUCAUUUGGGGAUUGUACAUGAGACGGAACUGCCUCCUCUGACUGCGCGGGAGGCGAAGCAAAUUCGGCGGGAGAUCAGCCGAAAGAGCAAGUGGGUGAAAAUGCUGGGAGAGUGGGACACCUACAAAAACAGCAGGAAGCUCAUAGAUCGAGCGUACCAGGGAAUUCCCAUGAACAUCCAGGGCCCGAUGUGGUCAGUCCUCCUGAACAUUGAGGAAAUGAAGUUGAAAAACCCCGGAAGAUACCAGAUCAUGAAGGAGAAGGGCAAGAGGUCAUCUGAACACAUCCAGCAGAUGGACCUGGACAUAAGCGGGACAUUAAGGAGGCAUAUAUUCUUCAGGGAUCGAUACGGAACCAAGCAGCGGGAACUACUCCACAUCCUCCUGGCGUAUGAGGAGUAUAACCCGGAGGUGGGCUACUGCAGGGACCUGAGCCACAUCGCCGCCUUGUUCCUCCUUUAUCUUCCUGAGGAGGAUGCAUUCUGGGCACUGGUGCAGCUGCUGGCCAGUGAGAGGCACUCCCUGCAGGGAUUUCACAGCCCAAAUGGCGGGACCGUCCAGGGGCUCCAAGACCAACAGGAGCAUGUGGUAGCCACGUCACAACCCAACACCAUGUGGCAUCAGGACAAGAAAGAUCUAUGUGGGCAGUGUUCGUCCUUAGGCUGCCUCAUCCGGAUAUUGAUUGACGGGAUCUCUCUCGGGCUCACCCUGCGCCUGUGGGAUGUGUAUCUGGUAGAAGGCGAACAGGCGUUGAUGCCGAUAACAAGAAUCGCCUUUAAGGUUCAGCAGAAGCGCCUCACGAAGACGUCCAGGUGUGGCCCGUGGGCACGUUUUUGGAACCGGUUCGUUGAUACCUGGGCCAGGGAUGAUGACACUGUGCUCAAGCAUCUUAGGGCCUCUAUGAAGAAACUAACAAGAAAGCAGGGGGACCUGCCACCCCCAGCCAAACCCGAGCAAGGGUCGUCGGCAUCCAGGCCUGUGCCGGCUUCACGUGGCGGGAAGACCCUCUGCAAGGGGGACAGGCAGGCCCCUCCAGGCCCACCAGCCCGGUUCCCGCAGCCCAUGUGGUCAGCUUCCCCGCCACGGGCACCUCGUUCUUCCACACCCUGUCCUGGUGGGGCUGUCCGGGAAGACACCUACCCUGUGGGCACUCAGGGUGUGCCCAGCCCGGCCCUGGCUCAGGGAGGACCUCAAGGUUCCUGGAGAUUCCUGCAGUGGAACUCCAUGCCCCGCCUCCCAACGGACCUGGACGUAGGGGACCCUUGGUUCCGCCGUUAUGAUUUCAGACAGAGCUGCUGGGUCCGUGCCAUAUCCCAGGAGGACCAGCCGGCCACCUGCUGGCAGGCUAAACACCCUGCGGAGCGGGUGAGAUCGGCUUGCACUGCACUGAGCCACAACGUGGGCAUGGACUUCCCGGCCCUGCAGUGCACCCAGCACUGAUUCCGAGCAGGGCACCCCCUUCAGAGCUAGGGACGAACAGCAGUGUGCUCCCACCUCAGGGCCUUGCCUCUGCGGCCUCCACUUGGAAAGUUCUCAGUUCCCUCCAGGCUUCUAGAAGCAUCUGGGCCAGGGCUCAUGGCUGGAUAAUUUCCCUAGGCUUAACAACCCAAGCAAGCUUCGCCUCCUCGUUUUAUUUUUUGUUAAACUUAUGAGAAUGUAUUAAGAAAGAGUGCAGCUCGAGAGACAUUCAGAGAUGGAGCACACCAGACUCCAGAUCACAAAGCCAACCAUGCCCAGCCCCUCCCAACACCCCCAGCCCCACGACCAUCAUUCUGAAUUCUGACGACACCGUGAGCCUGCCUUUGUACUUUAAACUCAUGGAAGGAUAACCACCUUCACGUUUUGAAAUAAAUGUUUCCUGUUGAAAUGA